AUGUAUAUAUUAGCCGAUUAUUGUUCAAAAUCGGCAAUCGCAGUUGACCCAGUGGAACCAGAAAAAGUUUUUCGUGUCUUAGAUUCAAAAAACAUUUCUCUUAAAGCUGUCCUUACCACACAUCAUCACUUAGAUCACGAUGGAGGAAAUGAAACAAUCGCCACAUGUUCAAAAAAUACACCAAUUUACGGUGGUGACAAAAGAAUAAAGGCUAUGACGCACAUACUAUCACAUUCAGAAGAAUUCCAUAUUGGAGAACUGAAUAUAAAGUGUUUACAUACCCCUUGUCACACUAGUGGUCAUGUGUGUUAUUUUACAGAAGCUGGCAACUUAGGUCAUAUAUGUUUCACUGGGGAUACUUUAUUUGUUGGAGGGUGUGGUAGAUUUUUCGAAGGUACGGCAGCUCAUAUGCUAAAGUCAUUGAAUAUCUUGGGGUCAUUACCAUUAAAUACUAAAAUUUAUUGUGGUCAUGAAUACACUAUGAGUAACUUGAAAUUUGCAUUAUCUGUAGAGCCUGAUAAUAAAGAUGCUUUAACUAAACUGAAAGUGAUUGAAGAAAAAUUAAAGAAAGGAGAGCAUUCUGUACCAUCCUGUAUUGAAGAUGAGUUGAAAUAUAAUCCAUUUAUGAGGACAAGUGAAAAGUCUGUACAGCAAUAUACUAAUCAAGCUGAUCCUAUUUCAGUAAUGAAAGUUCUUAGAGAAAAGAAAGAUGCAUUUAAAUAA